AUGUGUUCUCAGCACUGUUGGAGUGGUGCCCUAGACACGUGGUGGUUCCUCACCCAGCCACCACGCUCCUGCUAUGAUUAUCGCUUCAGCUCCCGGAGACUAGAGAGAGAGAGAGAGAAAGAGAGAGUGAAAGAGAGAGAAAGGGAGGGAGACAGACAGACAGACAGACAAAGAUCAGGCAUCCAAGCCAAGGGCAAGGAGAGGAAGAUCUUGCCAAGAGGGUGGAUGGACGCUGGAGAUGGUUGGCACGUGGCAGGCGGCGAGAGCCUUGCGCGAGAUAAGACGAUAAUCAACCGGAUAAUGCUCAAAUUCCGGCCGAUCGCUCCCAAACCAGCGGCCGUAGGGUCUUCUUCCGGUCCGAUUUCGCCGGACAAAAAGAGCCCGCAUUUGACCAGCAAGAGAGUGAAGAGGAAGUACAUUAGGGUUGGGAAGAUUCAUAAUAAUAGCGGCAGCGGCAGGAGAUUAAUUGACACUAGCUCUUCAGCGGAAGAAGAGACGCCGAAAGCCUCCUUGGACUCGGCCAUCGUCACUCUUCAGCUGAUGCCGGAAAAAACGGACUUUCAAGGUUUUCCAGGUACUGGAUCUUGGUGUAGGAUAGAUCCUACGGUUGCGAAAAUCCGGGACCUACCAACGUGGAUGAACCAGAACGACCCUAAGAUGAGCAGGUCCGUUGGGAACAAGUGUGUUUCGGCGGGGCCAGAUCGGACGGCGCUGGUGCCUCGGGUGAUGGCCUUGGAGUCGUGGGUGACGGUGGAAAGCGUGACAGACACGUGCAUGGACGUACGAGGGUUAGGUUGUACGGACGAAGAGAAAAUGAGGAUAUUGGAGAAGGACACGUGUCCGGGGUUUAUAUCAGACAGUUCAAACAGGGUGAAGUGGGUAAACGAGGCCUACAAGAGGAUGGUGGUGAGCCAGUGUGAGGAGCAGCAGGCGGAGGCGGCGGAGGUUAGAGUGUGGCUGGUGACGAAGGCGAAUCUACCGCCGUAUGCGUACCCGGGGUUCACGUGCAGGGUGAGGGUGCAGUACUACACGUGGCAGAAGGAGAAGUGCUCAAAAAUGGUACCGUGUGAUGUGUGGAGGAUGGAGUGUGGGUUGGCUUGGAGGCUGGACAUCAAGGCUGCGCUUAGUUUGGGACUUUAA